AAUCCCGAGUCGUGAUUCGUUGCUAUGUGAUGUGUUUACAUCAACACAUUUUACCCGUAUAUGAAUAUAAUUGAUCACCACUCUUUUUCGUUACCGUAUUUCCGUAUUAUGUUUAAUCUAUACAUACUACGUAUCGCGUGCAGUUUUUCUCAGAAUAUAGCGAGCAAGUUCGUAUAAUAAGAUUUCUCAAGUUUCCAAAAUUGUCAGUGAUGCCAUAGGUUUUUUGGUAAGCCUUGUUUGGGUAAAUGUCCAUUCCCUUUUGUGAGUUUUAUUACGCACGUCGCAAAGAGUUGAUCUCCCCACGUUUAUUGUGGCUAUUUUAAUGCUAUACUUGUCUUGAACAUUUCUUCCUUAACCACAAGUGUGCAAUGGGAAAUGGAGGAUCAAUUUGCAAUAACAUUGGCCUUAAAAGACAGCUGACUAUUAUUGUGGUUGGUUUGGAUAACUCUGGGAAAACCAGCAUGAGUCGAGCUUUAGUUGGAGAAACUUUUACAGAUACUGUUCCAACCAUUGGUUUUUCAAAAUUUGUAACCAAACAAAAAGGAAUUACCAUAAACAUUUAUGAUCUUGGGGGGAGUUCUAGGAUUCGCGAUAUUUGGCAUAAUUACUUUGCGGAGUGUUACGGUGUAGUCUAUGUUGUGGAUGCCAGUGAUUUGCAGCGAUUAGCGGAAGCUCAACAAAAUCUAAGUUCUUUAAUGAAACACCCUAUUCUUAAAGGAAAACCUUUACUUUUAUUAGCCAACAAACAAGACCAUUUUGAUGCGUUAGAUGAAGUAGACGUUGCGGACAAAUUGCAGCUUGAAAUCUUGGCCAAUGCAUGCCAAACACCGACUAGAAUAGAAAUUUGCUGUGCAACACAAGGGACUGGGAAAAACAUUGAUCCAAUUAUACGUAUCGGAUUCCAUUGGUUGAUUGAAACCAUCCUCCGAAAUUUUGAAAAGAUAGAUCGUCGCGUCACGGACGACAUAGCGGCUCAAAAGGCAAAAGAGGAGAGAGAAAAGGAAGCUAGAAAAGAGAGGAUACAGAAACUAAAGGCUUUGCAGAAUGAAGUGGAAGAAACUGUUGCUCAGAUUUGUGUCGAAUCUCUGAACGGAAGAAAUCAAUUCAAACCUCUUGAAGAAAUUACGGAAGAGUGGAAUCUCCCUGGUUCGAUCUCGGAAGUUGAUCACGGAAUCGGCAUGGAAUCCCCUGAGAAAACAGACAGCGUAAUAUCUCAAACACACAUCGAUCAAAUUGAAGAAAUUGUAGAUUCGGAGAUAACAGAACCGGAGCAAACCCCAAUUGACGUUCGAGGAAUAACUUCGGCACCCGCUGAAAUGAGUGGAUCUACACCAAAGGCGCCUAUAUUAAACCGAAACGAUAAAGUUAAUUCUGCAUCUCCUGUAGCCAAAAAACAAAAUCAGCGCACAAAUGGAAAAGCGUUGCCACCGCUUAAAAGAAACGCCCAUAAAUGAUGAAAUUAACCGAAACCGUCCGAAAUAUCUAGUCUUCUUGAAAUCAAAAUUAUAUUGCAUGCUUUAUUUCUACAUAAUGGAUCUGUCAUCAAUUAUCAUAAAUGCUAAAACAAUCUUUCAUUUUAGCGUGUA